AUGGCUACCAACAUCACCUGGCACCCCGGUCUCACCCGCGCGGAGCGCAGCCAGUACCGCAAGCAAAAGGGCUUCACACUCUGGUUCACCGGCCUCUCGGCCUCGGGCAAGUCGACCAUCGCGACGGCCCUCGAGCAGCACCUGCUGCACCUGGGCUACGCCGCCUACCGCCUCGACGGCGACAACGUCCGCUUCGGCCUGAACAAGGACCUCGGCUUCUCCGAGAAGGACCGCAACGAGAACAUCCGCAGGAUCGGCGAGGUCGCCAAACUCUUCGCCGACUCCUCCACCAUCGCCAUCACCUCCUUCAUCUCGCCCUACACCGCCGACCGCGCCUCGGCCCGGGCCCUCCACACCACCAUCCCCGAAGGCAGCAGCGAGACGCCGCUCCCCUUCAUCGAAGUCUACGUGCAAAUCAGCGUCGAGGACGCCGAGAAGCGCGACCCCAAGGGGCUCUACAAGAAGGCGCGCGCCGGCGUCAUCCCCGAGUUCACGGGCGUGUCGGCGCCGUACGAGGAGCCGGUGAGCCCGGAGAUCUUGAUCCGCUCGGCGGAGACGCCGGUGGAGGAGGCGGUGAGGCAGAUUGUGGCGUAUUUGACGGAGAAGGGGUUGUUGGAGAAGGGUGCUUAG